AUGACUGAAAUGUCGGUCUGUGGUGUCGUCAAGGGAGAUAUUGGGACUCAUUUGACGGAAGAAUCGUGGACGGUGGCAAAAGCAUCAAAGCUCACCUGCCUCAGAGACGCUCUCCAAGAGGACCUGACCGCUGACGCUGCCAACACCGAAAGGCCCUUCAGUUGGCAUCCUUUUGCUCAUCUGAUACUGACCCCAGAGCGAUGA